AUGCCGGAAGGCGGCGGCGGCGAGGGUGGAGGCGAGGGCGGAGGCGAGGGCGGAGGCGAGGGCGGAGGCGAGGGCGGAUGCGAGGGCGGCGGCGGCGAGGGCGAAGGGGCGGGCGGCGGCGACGAGGACGGCUGCAGCGGCGGCGGCGGGGAGGGAGGGUGCGAGGGCGGCGGUGGCGAGGGCGGCAGCAAGAUCGGCGGCAGUGCAGGUGGUGGCGGCGGCGGCGGGGUGACGGGAGGCGAGGGCGAGAGCGGCGGCAUGCCGGAAGGCGGCGGCGGCGAGGGCGGAGGCGAGGGCGGAGGCGAGGGCGGAGGUGGCGAGGGCGAAGGGGCGGGCGGCGGCGGCGAGGGCGUCUGCAGCGGCGGCGGCGGGGAGGGAAGGUGCGAGGGCGGCGGUGGCGAGGGCGGCGGUGAGGGCGGCGGCAGUGCAGGUGGCGGCGGCGGCGGGGGGGUGACGGGAGGCGAGGGCGAGAGCGGCGGCAUGACGGAAGGCGGCGGAGGCGAGGGCGGAGGCGAGGGCGGAGGUAGCGAGGGCUGCGGCGCGGGCGGCGGCGGCGAGGGCGGCUGCAGCGGCGGCGGCGGGGAGGGAGGGUGCGAGGGCGGCGGUGGCGAGGGCGGCGGUGCGGGCGGCGGCAGUGCGGGUGGCGGCGGCGGCGGCGGGGUGACGGGAGGCGAGGGCGAGAGCGGCGGCAUGCCGGAAGGCGGCGGCAACGAGGGCGGAGGCGAGGGCGGAGGCGAGGACGGCGGCGGCGCGGGCGGCGGCGGCGAGGGCGGAAGGGCGGGCGGCGGCUUCGAGGGCGGCUGCAGCGGCGGCGGCAGGGAGGGAGG